UGGUAUCGAGCCGAGCCCGCUCGCCCACCGCCUCGUCUGCGGGGCCGGGCCGGGCGCGGCCUGCCCCGGCGGGGUUACCGUCGGGAGCGAGCGGUGUGGCGGCUUUGGUGGCGGUGUCCCUGCCCUGUGGUAACCGGGCGGGUGCUCACCUACCAAGUACCUGCUGCGGGCAGCCAUGGUGGGCGACGGGGGAAGCGAGCGAUGUGGCCAGCGCCUUUCAACCUGAGGUACUGGGGAGGUAAUCGGUGGCUCUUUUGGGAGAGAAGUUCGUGUGACAUAUGUUGUUUUUCUUUGCUAAGGGAGCUGUGUGCUGUGCCAGAUGUUAACAGAGCUGCAAUAGAGGCGGUGGAUGAUGCUGAGCUGCUGACUGGCAAACUGAAGCAUGACUGAUACAGAUGGAUCCCAGACUUCUGGCUCCAAUUACUCUGAUGCAGAAGAGCUAAUCAGCAGUUGGCAGGAAGAACCUCAUAAGAUACAUGCAUGUGAACCAAACACACAGAUGGAGUGUUCACGUUCAAGGCAAAAGAAUGAUUCUUCUGAGGAAUCUUCAGAUGAGCUUAACAUAUGUAAAUCAUCAGCUGCUUCAGCUGAGAUUUUACUGGACAGCAGUGAUUCAGAAAUUGAUGUCUCUGCUGCUGGUGGCAGCGGGUACCAUCCCAAGGGUUCCACUGCUCCUGCAAAACAAAAAAGGAAAUCCGAGUCUUCAAGGCAACAAGCUGAAGCUGUUACAGGAGUGUCUGGCAAUGAAAGCUCCUCAGAUUCUUCUCUGUCUCCUCAGAGUCCCCCAAAACCGUCAGAAACUUCAAAUUCAAAGAGGCCCAAGUCAAAAUUCAAUUUGAAAGCCAUUUUUGACUACCACUUCAGGGGGAAAAAGUUUAAGGCUGCUGCACGCCGAAAAUACCUGGAUGGCUUAGAGAAGAAGAGGAAGAAGACGAAGUAUGUGAGCACACAGAUGCCUGUGGGGAGGCCACCACUGACUGCCUCACCUCAAGAGCAAAAGAGGCGGCUUCAGGACAGAGGUGUUCAAUUCCCUUUUGUUCAGAAACAUUAUGGGAAGAAACAUAUUCCCCUAAAGAUGGUUCUUGGCUAUGAGCAAGCAGCUCUAAACGGAUAUUUCCGGUACAUUGAAAUGCUUAAAUAUGAAGAACAUCUUAAGAAAGCUUUGAAAGCCCUUCAGGCUAGUGAAGACUUGGAAAGAGAAUGUCUGACAGAACGGAAACACAAAUACUUGGAUGAUGAAGGCCCCAUUUCCCCUAUUCAGGAGACAAAUGACAAUGAUGACAGCUUGACUUCUGAUAAUCAAGAAGACUUCGAUGCCAGAGUAGUGGAGAACAGCUCUUUUAUUCUAAGCAGCAAAAUUCCCAGUAAGAAAAAAGCAAAGCCAGAAAAGAAACGUGCAAAAUUAAGAGAUUGAAGUAGAGGAGGAAUAUGAUGGCUCCUGAGAGCGUUGGGCUUCUGCAGGUUCACCUUGGUAACCGGAAGACUAGCAAGUGAGAUGGAAGUGGUCACUCAACCCAGUCACAUUCAGUUUCAGUUUAUGGUGCUUUUGGAAGAGGAAAUGCCACUUGGUUUUCCUGAUGUAAAAGGCUUUGCAGAUGAGCACAGCAGCUUUUGAGUGCUUCAGUUAUGGCUGUUAGCUGGUUUGUGAUGCACAGCUCUGUUACUUGAGUGGACUUCUGUGGAGCACGUUGGUGAAAGAGGGCAUUCCUGCGAUGUCUGGAACACAGUGGAAAGCUGCUACUUGGGGGGAGUCCACCUGGUAGUCCAGCCUGAAGUAGCAUCUUGGUGUUUUGUGAUUAGAGAAGAUGACAGAAGAAAUGCAGGAUGCCAUUUCAUGGGAAUCUGAAGGCUCUUCUGGGGUUGGUUAGUAUGACAUCUGAGGUUCUCAGUAUUCCUUAAUGGUGGAAGGGCUCUGCUUUUCACUGGUGGGAAGUCUGUGUGACUUUUGGGGGGUUUCAGGGACUUGUUUCUACACUGUGUUACUGUGUUGUAAUGUAGCAUUUACUCUGCUUAGAAUCGAUUUUAACUUUGAUUUGUCCAAAGUCAUUCAUACAAAUGUCUCAGUCAAAAAGGAGGCGAUCAGCUCAACUUCUUACACUGAUAGCUUUGUUUCUACAAGCAAGUUAUGCUUAGCUGGAAAGUUAAAGAGAGGAUUCUGUUUGAGUGCAAUUUUGUAGUUCAUUCCCUUUGUUUGCCUUUCAGGUAACAUUAACUUUUAAUGCUAUGAAGGAGUUACACUAACAAAUGGGGAGGAUGAAGUAUCAUUUACCCUCUUCCUUCUCCCAAAUGUCUCAAAACAAGACAGUAGGAUCUGUAUGAGAUGAUAUUUUCAGUCUGCUUGAUUUUUACCUGUUGCAAUAGGUUACAGUAGCAGGAAUGCUGAGGUCUAUCCCGAUAGGAUCUCUGCUGUAGGUUCGUGUCGUUGGAAAUGCCUCACAGAAUAAACUUGUGGUUUCGCUUUACCCAUUGAACUGCCCCUUAGUUCUGUGGGAUAAAACUGCAAGACAAAUCUUGAUGUAGCAUCCAGGGAGCUGUAAUAACACAUCAUGUUCUCCUUUAGGUACUGACUUGUGCUUUGAUACAAAUAGCAAAGAUGAUUCAAGUGGAAAAGCUUGGUGCUUUAGGAUACAGAAUCAAGUGGCUGUUGCUGCACUGAAGGGAUGAGCUGCAGAAGAUAACCUGCGUGACAGUGUCCGCAUGUGGGAGGCCUGAGAAAGCCCCCCUGAGUGCCACCAAAGUGAGUCUGAAGGUCCUGGAGGUGUUGCUGCAAGUCCACUACAAAGAACCGUGUGGCUGUUCCACGUGGAGAACCUUAUCCAGGGUGUUAUUAAACAGUCUGCCUUCACUCGUACCCUGCAGCAGUGUGCAGUGGUUGGAAACCAGCUCAGAAGCACAGGAGCCUUUCUUCUUACCAUCCUGUCAUGUCUUGCCUGCAUUGGCCUUGUGGGAGAUGUGAAGCUGCCACCUUGGUGUUGCAGAAGACCCAACUAAGCCGAGUAUAGAUCAAGUUGUUAUUUGACUGGAAAAGGCUUUAUCAGCUGCUUUCCCUCUGUUCCCUGUCCUAAACCUCAGGAGAGAAUGUGUAGAAUGUUAAAGCAUUUAAAUAAAACUGCUGAGAGAGCUGCUGCCCA